GUCCUACUUUCUUCAUCUUUUCCUACCACUUCCAUCUUGCCCUACUGUCUCCCUCAUAUUCUACUCCAAUCUUUUCCUACAGUCUCCAUUUUGCCCUACUUUCUCCAUCUUCUCCUACUGCCUCAAUUUUGUCCAACUGUCUCCAUCUUGCCCUACUGCUUCUAUCUCACUCUAUUGACUACAUCCUGUCCUACUGUUUUUAUAUUCCCAAAUACAAUUUCUGCUAUAAAAGCCCAGUAGAUCCAGGCCCCAGGACAGACAGUAGAAGUUCACUGAUCCAUGUGCAUGCUUCAUUUAGAGGAUUCAUUUCAUUUACAGGCGACUCUCCUUUACACCAGUCAGUGACAGGUAUGACAGAUAGAGUUUCCUAUGAAUAAAUCAGUUCCCUGUGGCCCAGCAGUUGGGAUUUAUUACUGUGCUAAUGUCUAUGAAUCUAAUAUCUCUUAUUUAGAUACUAUAAAGACAAACUGGCCAUUUAACCCCAGAUACAAUGAGGCCUGGAGAGACUGGUAGAGACUCAGUAGAGUUAAUGGGAUGACAUAGGUGCAGGUAAUUACCCCAGGCAGGCGGGUCAGGGGUCGGAGAGGUGAGAGAGUUUCAGCCAGUGCCGCUCUGCUCCUCGUCUCUCCAUUCAUUCCUAUGAGACAGGGAACUGUCCCUGGUGCUGAAUUCCCAUCCGCUCGCUCUGCGCUCCUCAGCCUGACAGCGGCCCUCGAUUACACACGCCUAGUUGCCCGGGAAACGAGAGACGCGCAAUGGCGAGCGCCACGGACAAGAAGCGCGAUUUAAAGGGACUGGACAAGCGGAAAGUGGAGGCGGCGGAGGAGGAGGCCAAGGAGCGCGGGGUCGGGGGGCUCAUACAGUCACGGCGGUGUGUAAAUGCACAUGAUAAAGUAACAGGGCACCCCGUAUCCUGGGCAUCACCCUAUGAGAAGAGAAGCCCCACCCAGAGACCAGCCUGGAGGAGCACGUGUAACAUGGAGAAUGGGCGCCGGGCAAGACCCCCAGUUCCUACUUGUGCCGGCGCCCCAGGCCUUCCUACGUGGGCAUCGGAUCUCCAGCGGAAAAAAUUGACUUUAACUAAUCUCCAACUGGAUCCAAAGAGAGGAGCUGGAAGCAGAACACCAGGACUAUCAGUCGAGCCCAAGUUUCUGAGCACCCCAAAUCACAGAGAACAGAAACCUCAGCCCCUCAUACCUGUACGGGUACAAAAAGCAAGGCUGAAGAUUAUGGACCCAGAGAGAGUCAGGACUUUACGUUCUGCCGGACUGCACGUUCCAGUAGCAGGAAACACAGGAGUGAGGCUAAAUAUCCCGAGGAACAGUCAACUGGCUCUGAGAACCAAACCGCUCGCCCCUCCAAAAAGGCCAACUAAGCACACAUGCUCCGCCCCUGCUCUGAACCGGAGAGAAACUGCCCCCAUUAUGUGCCGUAAGGAGCAAACGGAAAAGGAGGAGCUGAGCAAUCCCAAGGAAGGUCUACUAUUGGCUCAGCAGCUGGAGCAUAUUGAUCUAAGGGAGGAGAACACCACACAAUCAUAUCUGGAUAGAGCACCGUCAGUGACUAUUUACCUGGAUGGACCUAAACAGAGUGCAGAAGAACAGUGCUUGAAAGACGUGGAGAGUAUGGACAACCAAUCUUCAUUAUUAGAAAUGGAGGAGACAAUUAGCAGUAAAAGUGAUUCAAUAAAGAUGGUGACUUGCAACCAGAGCUACAGGACACCAUGCUAUGUUCAGACAAAGCUCUCAGGGCAAGAUUGCUCUCUACUACAGUCUUUAGACCACAGGCAAGAACAGUUUUCAGAAGAGGUUGAAGACCACAAAACUGUAAUACAUACCUCAAUGGAGGUCUCAAGGCAGGCCAAAAGACAAGGAACUGUAGGCUGUACCCAAGUACAACGUUCAGAACAGGCUGAAGGGCAAGGAACUGUAGAUUGUACCCAAAUACAGUAUUCACAACAGACUGAAGAUCAAGGAACUCUAGAGCGUAGCCAAGUACAGCUUUCAGAAGAGCUCGAAGGCCAUGUUACUGUAGAACAUAUGCAAAUGGAGGUCUCGAGGCAGGCAAAAAGUCAAGGAACUGUAGGCUGUACCCAAGUAGAACAUACAGAACAGGCUGAAGGCCAAGGAACUGUAGAUUGUACCCAAAUACAGUAUUCACAAAAGGCUGAUGAUCAAGGAACUCUAGAGCAUAGCCAAGUACAGCUUUCAGAAGAGGUUGAAGGCCAAGGAACUGUAGAUUGUACCCAAAUACAGUAUUCACAAAAAGCUGAUGAUCAAGGAACUCUAGAGCGUAGCCAAGUACAGAUUUCAGAAGAGGUUGAAGGCCAUAUGCAAAUGAAGGUCUUGAGGCAGGCCAAAAGUCAAGAAACUAUAGGCUUUACCCAAGUACAAUGUUCAGGAAGGACUGAAGGGCAAGAAAUUGUAGUCCACAACCACAUACAGCUUUUAUCAAAGGCUGAAGACCAAGAAGCUGUAGACCACAUAGUCAACCACCCAUUUAUUUGUGUAAGAAAUUCCCAGUCGAAGGCUGUAGGUCUCAGCAGUGACUCUUCUGACUCAGGUCUGGACUUGGGCUGUAGCUCAACUGAGGGUGUAAUAGAAAAUCCUGAGCAUUGGAGCUCUGCAGAGAACCAGCUGAAAAGGGACAAUAUUAUAAGGAGGAGUCAGGGGGUAUUAGUACUAACGAACAGCACGGACGAGAACGCCAUCUUCAUACCCAAAUUAGAGUUUGCCUUCACACCAGACAGUAGUGUUGACUACAGUGUAUUACCUCAACCUAAAUGGAAUCAUCUAAUGAAGCGCAGUGAAUCCCAGAGUAUAUAUACCCCCCGGGGCCCUUCCCUAAGCAAGAGCAUCAAAUCAGACAAGUGUAAGUCAUCCUUGCUUGUAGGGGGCAGAUCUGAGAACUACCCAAGCUCCUCUGCAUCCACCAGCACCAACAACAGGCAUUUAGGUACAACAAACCCUAACUGCCCUCUGUACGGGAUCGUAGAUCUCUCGCUCUCAUUUCGGGAUAAAUUCUUAGCCGAGACCGUCCCGUCAGACAUUCCGAAAAUACUUCUAACCGACGAGGAGAAUGAGGAUGACUAGACUGUCCGCUUAACCCCAAUUAUACAAACCAACAACAGUCUUUUUUUUUUUUUCAUAAACCUCAGAAACGGACGACCAAUGCAGAACUGCAACUCGAAGAACGAUCUGUUUUUGAACCAAUAAAUCGACAGCUCAAUGGGGCUUCUUUCAUUGUAUUUGUGUGUGUGUCUGUAGGACAGGCCUAGGGAAUGUAGGAUAGAGUAGUAACAUUGUUGCUCAGUCUGCUGUUUUGGCAACUAUUACACAACAUAUUAUGUCACUGUGAGCAGUAAGGGCUAUAAAGAUCUUUUCUUUUGAAACCAUGCAGCCGGCAGAGGACAUUAAGUUAUAUAAUCUCCAUGAACCUCUGCCAGAGUUCCCCGUGAUAGCAAUGACUUUUGGAUCACACUAGAAUCGCCCUUGCCCUCACUGCAAGGACUCGUUACUGUACAAUACAGAACCAACAUCAGAUAAGGCAUUUCCCUCCAGGUUAAGACAUGAUAAUUAGCACCACUUUAUCUAAAAGCUGGAGCUUUGAGGGAAGGUCUGUCAUCAUAAAUUAGACAUGAGGGACAAAUCGAAUCAUGAAUAAUUUAACUAUCUUUCAUGAAAAGAAUAGGUAGAAAUGGGGUAUCCUACUGCUGCCAAAGCAGGGCACAAAUGGAGGCAACAGCAGACAGCACACAUGGGUCACAGCCAGGACU